AACCCCACAAGUGACAAGUCACUUCCCUCUCUCCCCUGUCUCUUCCCUUUUGGAAUUCGUUUCCCAAAACCUUACUACUACUACUUAUAGUACCGCAUUUUCUUUUUACCUUUUCUUCUUCACUUACUAUUAUUAUUCACUACAGCCACCAACUAAUACUAAUGACCAAGAAUCAAUGAGUGCUAACUCUUCAUGGCAGCACCUUCAAAUUCAAAGAUUGAGUUCUUGGUGUGGCUGUCGCAAGUCAUGGGAGGCCUCUGUUCGAGGUCCACAGAGGAUGAUCCCGUGUUCAUCACCGCCGAUGCUCCUCCCGAUAAUAAGGUCGCCGUUUUCACCACCGCGCCUCAGAGAAUGGAGAGGACUCUUCCAGAACCUUCUCGAACCAUUACGGAUGAAGAUUUCUACGACGGAAUUCCGCGCUUCGCCGAUGAUUCUUUGCCUCACAAGUCUAGGUCUAAGGUCUCAGAGGUGAGUUCACGCCUGGGCAGAGCUGGUACUAUUGGACUUGGGAAGGCAGUAGAGGUUCUGGACACUCUUGGGAGUAGCAUGACAAAUUUAAAUGCUGGCAGUGGCUUUGUUUCUGGAGCUGCAAUAAAGGGGAAUGAAAUUUCUAUCUUAGCAUUUGAGGUUGCAAACACAAUUGUCAAAGGUUAUAAUCUUCUGCAAUCUCUUUCCACUAAAAGUAUCAGGCAUUUAAAAGAAGAGGUGCUUCUUUCAGAGGCUGUGCAAGAUUUAGUAUCAAAGGAUAUAGAUGAACUUCUUAGGAUUGUUGCUGCGGACAAGAGGCAGGAGUUGAAAGUUUUUUCUGAUGAGGUGAUUCGUUUUGGAAAUCGUUCAAAGGAUCCUCAGUGGCACAACUUAGACCGUUACUUUGAGAAGAUUAACAAAGAACUAAAUGCGCAAAGACUGUCAAGAGAUGAGGCAGAAUCAAUAAUGCAACAAUGGAUGACUUUGGUUCAGUUUACAGCUGAAUUGUACCAUGAAUUACAUGCUUUGGAUAGAUUUGAACAAGAUAUUCAGCGUAAGUGUGAAGAGGAGGAUCAAAGAGGCGAUAACCUUGCAUUCUUGAGGGCGGAAAUUAAAAGUCAAAAGAAGCAAAUUAAGCAUUUAAAGAAAAAAUCCCUCUGGUCUAGAAGUUUGGAGGAGGUUAUGGAGAAGCUUGUAGACAUUGUCCAUUUUUUGCAUUCAGAGAUAAGCAAUGCCUUUGGCAGUGCAGAUAGCCACAAACCAUUAAUUGGACUCAAGAGCAAUCGCCAAAGAUUGGGCCCUGCAGGACUUGCUUUGCAUUAUGCAAACAUGGUGCUUCAAAUUGAUACUCUUGUAGCCAGAUCCAGUUCUAUGCCUGCAAAUACAAGGGAUGCAUUAUAUCAAAGCUUGCCUCCUAAUAUAAAAUUAGCUCUGCGUUCCAAAUUACCGUCAUUUCAUAUUGCAGAAGAGCUAACUGUAGCAGAUAUCAAAGAUGAGAUGGAGAAAACAUUACAUUGGUUGGUUCCAAUGGCCACUAACACAUCCAAAGCACAUCAUGGAUUUGGUUGGGUAGGGGAGUGGGCAAACACAGGCUCUGAGUUAAACAGGAAGACCUUGCAGACUGGUGUAAUACGGAUCGAGACAUUCUACCAUGCAAAUAAGGACAAAGUAGAAUAUUAUAUUCUUGAACUUCUUUUAUGGCUUCAUCGCUUGGCCAUCAGAAAUAAGGCUGGCAGUGAUGGCAAAGUGAGGCCUGCCAUCAAGUCCCCUGCUGGUGCUGCCUUGCAAAAGACAGAUAAGCACUCUGCAAAUGCACUUUUACCAUUGUUAACAAUCGAUGAGCAAAAGAUGUUGCAGGAUGUAAAUAGGAAAUUACCAAUUAGACGGAUCAGUAAAAGCUUGGACUUGGACAGUAUGAAGAUUGGAUUCAGGGAGAACUGCAGACUGACCAAGAGUAGCAGUCAUUCGUCAAGUAAAAGCAAGGAAAUAUCUUUUAAUAGAAUUUUAUCUAAGCUUCCUGUGAUUGAUUUUGAUAUUGACAAAGAAAGAGCAUUGAACGUGAUCGACAGACUGGAUGUGGUCAGAUAAUUUGCAAGUUUGCCUGAUUUGCCUUGGAAAUGAAUGGAAAGUAAUAUCUACACACGCGGACAUGUACCUCACUCUUUCUGCAAGUGUUGAAUGCCAUAUUUUCGCGGCACCUUUGUUACCCUGGGAUUCAAGUGGUUUCAAUGGGGUGCCUUGUUUCGGUGAAGCCCCACAAGAGAAUGUAGAUAUCAUCUUUAUAUGGCACAAGGUAGAUAGUUGUUGAGACGAUAGGCAUUCAUGCUUCUAUGUGACUGCGAAGUCCACUUAGUAUAGGAGCGGGGUGGACCCUGGUUCAUUCUUGAGAGUGUAUAUACUUGAGGUGAUGUGGAUAUAGUGCCCAUCGUUUUGCAAAGCUUUGAUUUUUGUGGGUUUUGUUACAUGCCCACUAGCCAAUCUAGAAACCUUUUUCGGGAAUAUAGUUCCUUUUGUGAUAGAUUUUAGACUACAUCAAUGAUAACACGAGGGCUUGUUUAG